ACCAAUCCUCGGCUUUGUGGUGUCCUCAAACCUCCCCCUCACUUCACGCAUGUUCUGUCACGCAUGCCCAACCUCUACUCCGUCACGACAUCCAUGCCCUGGGUCGGUCAGCACGGUGUUCCCUGGCUGGCCUUGAAGGUGGUCCUCUCUGCCCCGUCCCUCCGAGAACUCUGCGUACAUUCCGCCGCGUUCUCUCUCGGCAGGCUCACUCCGACGGAAGCCUUCGAGUUCACGACCAUCGCCCCUUUGAAGUCAUUCAAGUACGCUCUCAAUCGGUAUCCCCUGUACAAGGACCACCCAGCUCCCCUCGAGGUCGAGGUUCUAUCCGUCCUGCUAAAGGCCGUGUGCGAGACCCUCGAAACGCUCGAACUCACCGUCGCGUCUGCCCCCUUGGAUGUCUUGAAGCGCCUGCGGUGGCCGAACCUCUUGAAGCUGUCCGGUCGCCCAAAGGAACCGCUGACCGAAUCGUACGCAUCACAAUUCGCCAACAUGUCCAAGCUCCGCACGCUCAAUCUUCAGCUUCACCUCAAAGACGACCGCGUUGGGCUUACCGUCGCGUCCACAAUCCCUCAAUCAGAGUUCCCGUGGCCGGAUCUGGAAGAGCUAUAUCUCCCCCUUCCCCUCACCGAG